AUGGCCGGCGCAGCAGGAGCUCUUCGGGUCAUCUCAGCCAUCUCCGGCCUCCUCAAUGUCAUCACCUUCGGUCAAGACAUGUUCUCCCAGCCCGAUCCCGUCGGCUCAAAGGUUAAGAUCACCGUCGGCCUCGACGUCCCCGGUGGCCUCAACAACGCCGGCGGCGACCUUCCCGAUGUCCGUCUGUUCAACGAAGCCGGCAAGUUCCUCGGCAUUGCUGCCGAUCCAGGCUCCAUCGGCGAUGGCUCCACCGGCGAGAUCAAGGUCGACCACAAAGACGACAACGGCCAGCAGGCUACCUACGCCCUGUUUACCGCCAACGACAACGCUAUCUGCGUCGCCAGCGCGAGUAUCACCUGGCCCAACGGGGAUCAGUACGGUUGGGUGGGCGACUGGGGUCGUGAGUGUGGUGGCAGUUGGUACUACAGCAAUGUCUUCAUCCAGGGCAGCGAUUACAAGCCGGAUUGUCUCUGGAUUGAUGCCAAUGGCGACCAGCCCCAGACAGGCUUCCAGGUUCACUGGCCCGAGUUUGUCCAGAGAGAUGACGGCAGGCCUGGUGAGAAGGAUGGAUUGGAUGUGGGAUACUUCUGUGAGGCUGGACCUCCGUUCACGUUGUACACUUCACAUGAGCCGAGAGCGGUCACAUACUGGGUUUUGAGUAAUGGGAAAAGGGUGAAGAGGGGGGCUACAGGACGCCCUACUUCUAUGGGACCCGACUUCGCCAAUGAUGCGGAGGGACUCUUUUGCCGGAUGUCAGACAAGACCUUGUGGGUUUUCUGUGAUGGCGUUCAUAUUACGGAUAAUUGCUUCAACCCGGACUUGCAGCAGGUCGUUGUUGGCGGUAAGGUGACCAGAGAUAGGAAGUACGGGAAGGUUAUGUCUUGGAGGGCAGGGAGUAAUGGCGGUGAUGGAGGGAGAUCUGGGUAUUACUAAUUGUACUCUCGAAAAGUAUCAUCCGUAUUUAAACUUUA